UACCAUCAUCACUCACACUGUCUCCACGAUUCCUUCCAGCCAGCAGCAGGAGGAUAACCGCGGUUCAGCUCCCGGACAGGUCGGACUCAGAGAUGGGAGAGGAGCGGCGGCGUCUCUGGCUCUGACGGACGCACCGGGCGGGAAGGAUGGCUCUGACCAGCCGGGAAAUGUUGAGCUUGAUGGGAACCGCCUGCCUCUGGCUGCCGCUGCUGGCGGAGAUGGUGGCUGAGGACAGUUACUUAAAUGAGGUGCAGAACUCAGUGCCUCUGUCCUGCUCUGAGGGCUUCACAGAGCUGGGUUAUUACAACGGCACUGUGUCCCAGACGGAUUCCGGUGCCCUCUGUUUGAAAUGGACCGAGUUUCCGGACUACGUCAUGCAGUAUCCGGGCCGCGGCCUCGGAGACCACAGCUACUGCAGGAACCCGGAUAGAGAGUCCAACCCCUGGUGUUUCUUCAGACAAAACUCAGGCGCCAUCGGCUGGGCCUACUGCGACUGCCACCAGGGUGCAGCCCGUCUGGUCGGCAGCUCCUCCUCCGGCAGCGGGCGGGUGGAGGUUUACCUGAACGGCCAGUGGGGGGCGGUGUGCGACUCCCACUGGACGGACAGAGAUGCCAGCGUGAUCUGCAGACAGCUGGGUCUGGGUGACAUUGGCACGGCGCUGCAGCACUCGCAGUUUGGCUCCGGCUCCGGCCUCUUCCACUACGAGCGUCUGGGUUGCCGUGGCGACGAGAACACCCUGAGCAACUGCCGGAGCAGGACGUUCGUCACCGGGGACUGUAGCCAUGGAAACGAGGCCGCAGUGGUGUGUGCGCCUCCGGAAGGAAGCGGACCUCCUCUGCGAUUGGUCGGAGGCGAGGAGGACUUCGAAGGUCGUGUGGAGGUGUUUCACGCAGGGAGGUGGGGCUCCGUCUGCGAUGACCAAUGGGAUGACAGGGAUGCAGAGGUGGUGUGCAGGCAGCUUGGGUUCGGCGGUGUGGCGAAGGCCUGGUCCUGGGCACACUUCGGUCAGGGUUCGGGUCCAAUCCUGCUGGACGCCGUGAAGUGCACCGGAAACGAGCUGUUCCUGGAUCAGUGCCCUCAUGGCGACUGGGAGCAGCACAACUGUGACCACAUGGAGGACGCCGGAGUCUCCUGCAGCCCUUAUACAGACGGAGUGGUGCGCCUGGUUGGAGGAGACAGUCCCUGGGAGGGUCGAGUCGAAGUGUUUCACAGCGGCGACUGGGGGACGGUGUGCGACGACCACUGGACCCAGCAGCAUGCAGAGGUGGUCUGCAGACAGCUGGGAUACAGGGGUCACGCUGAGGUCGUAUCAGACGGGACGUUCGGUGAAGGCGCUGGUUUGAUUCUCCUGGACGAUGUGCAUUGUGAAGGAUCUGAAACCUCCCUGCUGGACUGUAAACGUGGGAUCUGGGGUCGGACCGACUGUUCUCACAGUGAAGACGUUGGUGUUCGCUGCAGAGGAAGAUCCAGCCAGGAGACCAACGAAGUGCCGGUUAUCGCACCUUCAACAGGUCCCCUGGUGCGUCUGGUGGGUGGCAGCAGCAGGAAGGAGGGUCGAGUCGAGGUGUAUCUCCAUGGCGACUGGGGAAGUAUUUGCGACUCGGGCUGGAAUGACCUGAAUGCAGUCGUGGUGUGCAGACAGCUUGGACACAGCGGUGGAGCCGUGGCCGCCGGAGGGUUCGGUCAGGGGAAAGGACCCAUCCACCUGGACCAGGUGAGGUGCACGGGGAAGGAGGAGUUCCUGGGGGAGUGUCCCUCUCUGGGUCAGAGCAUCCAGGGCUGCAGACGGAAGGAGGACGCUGGGGUGAGGUGUGAUGUCAAGCAGAGGGAGUCGGCGGUUCAGGUCCAACCUCAGGAGAGGAGCUGUGGGCUGAGGAAGCUGGUGGAGGAGGAGGGCAAGAGGAGGAACCAAGGAGAGGAAAGCACGCUCAGGACCACGUGGCCCUGGCAGGUGUCGGUUUGGCUCCAGUCUCAAUCACAAGACGAUGGUCCUCUCUGCAGCGGGACUCUGAUCGGCCCCUGCUGGGCCCUGACGUCUGCAUCCUGUGUGACCAGGUUCGGCAGCGACCCGUCCAGGUACGUGGUGCGAAUCGGGGGUUCGGAGCAGAGCCUGACCCCGCAGCGGGUUGUGGUUCACAGGAAGUUUAAGGGGCAGAGCGGAGGACACGAUCUGGCUCUGCUGAAGCUGCCCAGCUCCAAGGGUCACUGCCUGACGUUUGACCCCAACACCAACGCCGCCUGCCUCCCUGCAGCCGACGUAUCGACCGGAGGAAACGCUCCGGCCUCCUGUGUUGUCAUGGUUACCGCCGGAUGGGCAGGACCAGACUCCGUCGUUGCAUCCUGGGUCCCUCUCAUGUCGUCAUGGCAAUGCAAGAAGCGCUACGGUGACAGCUUCUCCAGUCACGGCACCCUGUGCGCCGGCAGCCCUCCAGACACCAGCAUCCUCCACGGCGACGGUUGCCAGGGCAACUCUGGAGGCGGGCUGCUGUGUCAGGAGGAGACGGACGGCCGGUGGGUGCUCACAGGGGUCGUCGCCGGGGGUUACGGCUGCUCCGACCCCUCCUCUCCCGCCCUCUACACGCGAGUCAGCCGCUUCAGGAGCUGGAUCAACGAGGUCACCGCAGCGCCAGCCGAGGAGCCGCAUGCACGCGCCCAGACGCAACAAGUUGACAAUGACAUCACACAUGUGCACAGGAAGCUCAAACGCACACACGAGCAGCAACUAACGAAUGAGAUCAACGAGAUUAAACACACGUAUCCUUCACACACCAGCCAGCACGCUCACGCUAAACACACAAACACGCCGACCGUGGUCUGAUCAAUGCCGUCGGCUUUACCACCCUGUGCCAUGUGACCAAACGAGGAAGAGAAGGAGAGCAAGUCGAAGAUGCUCCCAACUUAAAGUCAUUUAAGCUCAUUUUCAAAUCCGAACUCCGUGUUGUGAUUCCCAAGUGUUUGCUAGUCGUCGGCUGAGUGCAGCGGUGUGGGCAGAGCUUCCUGAGCUGCAGGAUAAUGGAGUGUGGGUGAUCUGUGGUGCUUUAAACAUGUCUGUUGCAGCCCAGAGGUUUAUCAGCAUGCUGAUCGGGGGCCGUUCACUGACACUGAAAAUCUAAAAAAUCAGCAUGGCAUGUGUUUUAAGGACGAUAGCGUUAGACGUAACAUAAAUCGGGGGACAAUUCGAAGACGGUCACACGAGAAUCUAUGCUAAUUUCACUUAUUUAUGUGUCUUCUGUGUGAGUUCUUAGAAGAUAAAAACUAACUAAGCAACUAGUGUAACGGCUGACUGGAUAUCACUGACGUCCCUCUGAGAUGAUUCAUGUAGAUAAACUCCAAACGUUAGGUUUUUAUAAAAACACUUCCCGUUUCUUUUUUCAAACAGGGCUUUUCUCUUGGAGCUUUUGUCUUAUACCUUUACCGGUGAAAGUGCUGUUGUUCAUUUAGACCCACGACUAAGCUACUAAACUGAGGACAAUACCAGUGAUUUAGCAUGUUUUAGCAUAUUUAUAACUAAAAAUCUAUACUUUAACUUACUGCUGACUGUUUUACACACCACACUGGAGAUUUUGCUCUGUUUUUGUCAAGUUUAGACACCAGACUUUAAUCAGAGUAAACGUUGGAUCGUCAAUGAAGCUCCCAAACUGGUCAUCCAAAUACAUGUCACAAAAACUGGGAAUACUCACCACAGAAGGCAAUCAGGAAAUCUGAAUAGUAGAAACAUGUAUAAAAAGUAAUGAAAGUGAAAAAAAACAUCAGUAAAACCUCAAACUGCACUAAAACUCUCCUUUUCGAUCUAAAUUUAAUCAGUAAUAAUGCAGAAAAACCCUAAAAUGACUUCGAAGGAGUAUUCGAGGUGUUGCAGGAGCACUGGGAGCAGAGCAGCACUGCACCAUGUGGCUACUUUGACCAGAAUGGCUUUUCAUAGAUAUGAGUCUCUGAACUCUUUAAUCGUACUUUGAAGAGUUACGUAAUAUUUAGCCACCAGACUUUAAUCCGGGUAAACGUUCCAUCCCUAAUGAAGCUCCCAAAUAUGUCUCAAAAACUGAGAAUACUCACUACAGAAGGCAAUCAGGAUAAUUGUAAUACUGGAAACAUGUAUGAAAAGUAAUAAAAGAGAAAAAAAAACAUCAGUAAAGCCUCAAAAUGCAUCUGUGACUGCACCAAAACUCACCUUUUCGAUCUAAAUUUAAGUUUUGAUUGAAUCCCAAUGUGACUUCAGUGUGAUUUUAUUAUUUUCUAAAGUAUUUUCUUCACAUAAGUAUUCCUUUUUUUCCAUGUAUAUGAAAAUAAGUAUAGAAAAAGUGUUAAAUCCUUCAGUUAUUUUGUCAAUCCUACAUCAUUACUGAGAGGUAAUGCGAGGCAACUGCAUCACCCUUCAGUAAUAAGGCAGAAAAACCAUAAAACAACUUUGAAGGAAUGUUGCAGGAGCACUGGGAGCAGAGUACCGCUGCAUGAGGGGGCUCCUUUGACCAGAAGACUUUUCAUAGACUUUUUCAUCAUAAUUCGUAGAGGUUAAUAUGUUCAAAGUAUUAUUAUGGGAUUGCAUGGACGUAGCACACCACCUCAGUCACAUUUCCUGUGUCAUGUCUACGCAUUUUAAGCUUUCUGCCUUUCAUUUCACCACGUCACAAAUGACAUGGGAAAAGUGAAAUUUGACCGUGAUGAAGACAGUUUGUAACACGUCAGAUUCACAGUGGACGAAGUUUCAAAGCAGGAGUAGCUCACCUAUCCAGAGUCCGACUGUUGAAGCAGAGUUCUACUGUAAUGUCCUGAUUUGGUCCUUCCAAUGCUCUGUGGGAUGAUUACGCAAGGGUUUUGUGACCAUGACAACCAAACUGUCGCCCCCAACUUGGCCUACUUGCUAGAUUUGUCUCCCAGGGACUAAAAAAAUUCAACUCGAAAGAUUAUCUUUUUGACACUGGUGAGUUUCAAGAGUCUGCUAAUUGAUUUUCUGGUUGAAUCAGGCAUCAAUACUUUCCUCUAUUUCUAAUUAAAGAGCUGAAACAUGCAAAAACACCAGUAGGGUCCUUUAAAGUUGUACUUUUUAAGCCAUCGGGUCUUAAAUAUCUUUUUGUACUGGCUCUAGAUAGAUAGAUAGAUAGAUAGAUAGAUAGAUAGAUAGAUAGAUAGAUAGAUAGACAGAUAGAUAGAUAGACCCUUAGAUAGCUGCUGUUCCUGAGUUUAGAUAGAACGUGUUCUGCAUUCAUUCUAGGCUGACUUAGAUAAACUAAAUGUUGUCCGUUCCGUUGUCCUCUGAGCAGAUCUGACCAGGAGGUGGCGACAUUGCUCUUAAUUUUCAGAGGGUUCCUUGGACUCUGGUUCUUUUUUUAUACUGUAAGUGUAUGAACUUGUGCUCGAUGUUCUGUGAAACCAUGUGUGUUGUGAAGCAUCUUGUGACCUGCUACUGCUGUUUUCUCCACCGUGGACCUGCCCCAAAGCCUGUUUCUAUAAUCCUGUACAUAAACUCAGGCCUCCUCCCUUCAACACUUGAUGUUCGACCGAUGCAGAUCCUGUGGGUUCAUGCAAAUACCAAGCAGAAGGUGCAGAUUAAAGUGUGUAGGAUGUACUUCACCUGUGCUAAAAGCCAUCAGCUGUUCCUCAGUGUACUGUGCAGAAUCAUGGUUGAGUAUUAAAACGUAUACCUGCAGAGAACAA